AAUGAAUGAACGGCAGAGGAGGAAAAGGGGGGACGGGAAACUGGACGCUUUGGGAUUGGCUGCUAUUGGUUGACGUCACUUCCGCCGUGACGCGAUGCACCCAUUCACAAAAAAAAAAAAGAGAAACAAUCCUGAGAAGCAACAACAUUCGGAGAGGGAGAGGAGAGAGAGAGAAAGAGGAGAACGGAAUGAGUGUGAAGAGCAGUGCGGUUACAAUGCGGGGAUAGUAGAAGAGAACAGAAGCGCAAAGGAGCCAACGUUCGCAGGGCGGUGUGGGCACAGCGAGACCGACGGACGGACAGAGGAGAUAACCGACAGCGAAGCCCACCACACAGCCUGAAACAACGCGCGAUGGAGGACCUGGGCGAGAUGGACUGUCCCGUGGUGAAGCGGUUCUUAAAGGACGACAACGCCAAGUGCCUGCUGCUGGACUGCCGCUCCUUCCUCGCCUUCAACGCGGGGCACAUCCGCGGGGCCGUCAACGCCCGCUGCUACACCAUCGUCCGCCGCCGGACAAAGGGCUCCGUGCUCAGCCUGGACCAGAUACUGGCCGGGGACGAGGAGGUCCGGAGCCGCCUCCGCUUCGGGAUGUACUCCGCCGUGGUGCUGUACGACGAGAGAACGCCGGACUCCGAGGCGGUGAAGGAGGACAGCACGCUGACUCUAGUGCUCAACGCGGUGUGCAGUUACUCCCCCGGCACUCAGAUAUACCUGCUCAAAGGUGGAUACGACAGGUUUUUCUCAGAAUACCCCGAGUUUUGUAUAAAAAACAAAUCCUUGCCGACUCUCACCAGCCAGUCCAGCAUCGACUCUGCCUGCUCGUCUUGUGGGACGCCACACCACGAACAGGGCGGCCCAGUUGAGAUCCUCCCGUUCCUCUACCUUGGCAGCGCCCUCCACGCCUCAAAGAAAGAGGUUUUGGACGGCAUAGGAAUCUCCGCCUUGCUGAACGUGUCUGCCGACUGUCCCAAUCACUUCGAGGGGGCGUACCAGUACAAAUGUAUACCCGUGGAGGACAACCAUAAAGAAGACAUCAGCUGCUGGUUCCUGGAGGCUAUUGAGUUCAUAGAUUCGGUACGGGACUCCGGUGGGCGAGUGCUGGUCCAUUGCAAAGCGGGCAUCUCUCGCUCCGCCACCAUCUGCCUGGCCUACCUGAUGAAGAGGAAGCGAGUGCGUCUGGACGAAGCGUUCGAGUUUGUGCGCCGGCGUCGCAGCAUCAUCUCCCCCAAUUUCAGCUUCAUGGGCCAGCUGCUGCAGUUUGAGUCGCAGCUCCUCGCCACCUCGUGGGCUGCCGAAGCGGCCUCCAUAGCGAGCCCGCUGCUCGGGCCCAAGUCGUCCACGACGACAACCACGUCGGCGACGGCCACGCCCACCUCUCCGUUCAUUUUCAACUUCCCAGUUUCUGUGGUGAACCCCGCCUACCUGCACCACAGCCCGCUCGCGGCCUCCCCCGGCUGCUGAUGGAUGGCCAAACACAGCCUUGCCCAAGGUAACCAACUCAGAAAAAGACUGGGCUGCCAUUGGCUGGAGGAGCUGUCAGUGACAGUAUGUACACAUGCUUCCAGAAGGCGGGGAGGUGCGAAACGUCAUGGUGCCUGAGUGAAAACUCAUAGACUGA